AUGUCUUCUCUUGCACUGUUUUGGAAAACAUAUAGACAUUUCAAUACCACUUGGAUGCUCGGACUGGGCAUAAUCGCCGUCUUAGUCGUUAGCGCUAGCAUAAGACAGGCCCGUCAGACCAACGACUUUGUCUCUCAGUUAAGCUCGUCCAAGACAUUGAACUCACUCAUGAGCUGUUCAAGCUCUUACAAGAGCAUUGACUGUCUCAAACGAUACCACAACGAUAUUUUGCGAGAGUUCUCCCCGACCCUUACACCAAUCGUUCACGCUGAGUUGAAAUUUUGUCUGAAUGGACUCCAAAUUGGCCAAUCGGAUGCUGACGUGCUUCUGGGCGUCCAUUCAUGUCUUAGUAGGGCUGAUAAGCUCAAUUCUGCAUUCCAGAAAACGCACACAGAAACAGUUCCAUUUAAUACCUCGCUAUCAACAUAUGUUUCAAUCACCGCGCUAUCCAUAACAUGGCUAGUGGGACUUUUCCGAGGAUCGAAUCAAAAAACGCUCAAGACCCAAGACGCUCUUGCAUUGAAGAACGUUGUUGAAAAGCUUGAUGAUAUGCUGAAGGACAUGUCCGGCUUGAAAGAGAAGAUACUGGGCCUUGAAAAAGCAGUCUGUAAUUUAGAGCUCUUUGCCAACAACUUCACGGGAACAGAGAGAUCGUUCAGCAAGAGGCUUGAACACGUCUUGCAAUCCUGUCAGGAAACCAGCCAACAACUUGCAUAUGUGUCCGACCCCUUCCCUAUUGCAUCCGGUUCGAUUGGUCGGACCCACAAAGCGUCGGAUAUUUUGCUAGAAGACAAAUCCAUCAAAGUUGGCAACAAAACCUUCAACAUAGCAACAAAGGAUGGACUUGAUCAAUGGAAGACGUUUGUGCACCAAAGCAUCAACAAAAAGCCAGAACAGAAGCCCAAUUUGUCUAGUUCGGAGAACGAGACAACGCUCAGUCCCAUUGAUAUCAAAAAUCUAAGGAUGACCGAUGAAAACGGGAAACCUUUUAGACGCAUUUUCGUGCCUAACAGAGGCUGGGUCUCAUCGAGAAAGCUCCAUCACGAACUGCAGCUAAUGGCUUGA